AGUAACUUCAUAUACUUUAGUGGACACCUCAAGCCGUUCAAGGUAGGAUUGACAGUUGUAGGCGGAGCUUGAAGAACAAGUUAGACUUUUCUGCGUAGCUUAAUUAACGAUAUCAUUUCGAUCAGUUUAUACUUGAAGGUGCGUUCAUCUGUUUACUGCUGUUGAUAUUUGUCUUUAUUUCUCCAAAAAAGAAAACUAGUGAACUAUGUCUACUCCAAAUGUGCCAUGUGGGCUUCACUUAAACAGUAUUGAUGAUUUAACUGGGUACCCAGUUUUUCCUGAAGGCACUAAAUCACUUUUGUCUAAGUUCAAUACUCGUGAAAUCUGGGAAAAGUAUAAAGACAAGAGAGACGCCUAUAAUGUUCCAUAUAAGUUGUGCAUUUUCUCUGGUGUCAAGAAUCUUGACUCCGGCAUUGGAGUGUAUGCAGGCUCACACGACAGUUACAAAGUCUUUUCCGAUCUCAUGGAUCAGAUCAUUGCUUACUAUCACAAACACAAGCCGGAAGACAAGCACGUGUCAGAUAUGGACGCAAGUAAACUUCGAUGUCCACCACUAAUGUCUGAUGAAGCAGCCAUGAUUGUCUCUACACGCAUCAGAGUUGGUCGGAACCUUGAAGGUUAUCCUUUGGCUCCUGGCGUGACAAAAGAACAACGACAUGAAAUAAUGGAAAAGGUUGUUAGGGCUUGCUCGACUUUUGUUGGAGAUUUGAAAGGAACUUUUUAUGCAUUGGAAGGAAUGGAUGAGAAAACAAAAAAUCAAUUGAUCGCUGAUCAUUUUCUUUUCAAGGAAGGUGAUAGGUUCCUUGAAGCAUGUGGUUGCAACAGAGAUUGGCCAUCUGGUCGUGGUAUCUUUCAUAAUGCCGAUAAAACGUUCUUGGUUUGGGUGAACGAAGAAGAUCAGUUGAGAAUAAUUUCGAUGCAAAAGGGCGCUGAUAUACUGGCAGUUUUUGAACGUCUAAGUCGUGCAGCUAAUCAUAUUGAAUCAGUUGCAAAAUUCUCUCAUGAUGAACAUCUGGGAUACAUCACUUCAUGUCCAACGAAUCUUGGAACUGCUCUUAGAGCUUCUGUUCACAUCAAGUUACCAAAGCUGGCUAAAAGAAAGGAUGAAUUUCAAGCUAUUGCUGAUAAAUACUACGUCCAGAUUCGAGGAAUACACGGUGAACACUCAGGAUCUGUUGGAGGCGUCUAUGAUAUCUCAAACAAGAGGCGUUUGGGUCGAUCAGAGGUUCAGCUUGUUCAAGAUAUGUACAACGGAAUCAAAGCGAUGAUCACCAGAGAGAAGGAACUGUAAACAUUGCAACCAUUAACACUUUGAAGAAUUAGCCAUUAGGAUUUUUCAAAGUGUAACACUUUGUUUAUUUAAGCUUAUGUCUAUAUAUGUAGUAAAUAGGACAGAAUACUAACUGACAGUGUUGAAGGUGACCUCGAAUUACCAUUUUGUAAUUGAUCUUCUCAACACAUUCAAUAUACUGUAUUGAAGAUGUAACGAUAAAUUAGGUAGAAGGGUAAUUACCUGUUUACUCCUUUGACUGGAGUGGGUGAAUCAAUAGCCCUUACAUGAAAAUCACUUGUUGUGUUUUUCUGUGUGCUAGUAUAUUUUGGCAAUAAAUUGGUAUAAUCAU